AUUAAACACCUGGUUGAGAAGAAGAGAAGCUUGAUAAACGACUUCUGGAAGGUUCACAUGAAAUCCAGGAAGUGUCCUCACUGCAGAGCGGGCAGGUCAACGGUUCGCCGUGAACACAACAGUAAGCUGAUUGUCACGAUGCCAUCAGGAGGACAAACUGGUGACCGCACUAAUGAAGAUCUGAUGACUGGAAAGAGGGUCUACCUGACUGCCAGCACAGCCCGAGAACACGUCAACAAAGUCUGGGAGAAAGAAGGGUUCUUCCUAAGGUGUCUGUUCCCUGGACUGGAGGAGACCAGUGGGUCUAGAGCCUCAGAGACGGGUUUCCACCCGGACCUCUUCUUCCUCGAGCUGCUGGUGGUUCCACCUUGCAGGUAUCGUCCAAUCAACCGACUCGGGGACCAGAUGUUCACCAACGGUCAGACGGUCAAUAUGCAGGCUGUGAUGAAGGACUGUGGAGUCAUCAGAAAGCUUCUGGCUCUUCUAGCUGGAGAGAAGAGCCCAGAGGAGACGGAGGCUGGAGAGCCAGAGGACCAUGCCUUUCUGUCUGGGAUUCCUGGACAAACUUUACCAGACAAACUCUACAACGUGUGGGUCCGCCUGCAGAGCCACGUGAACAUCGUGUUUGACAGCGACAUGGACAAACUGAUGACGGAGAAAUACCCUGGAAUCAGACAGAUCCUGGAGAAGAAGGAUGGAUUGUUCCGGAAACACAUGAUGGGCAAACGAGUGGACUACGCCGCGCGGUCGGUCAUUUGUCCUGACAUGUACAUAGGAACAAAUGAGAUAGGAAUACCGAUGGUUUUUGCCACCAAGCUGACCUACCCUCAGCCGGUCACACCGUGGAACCUGAAGGAGCUCCGUCAGGCUGUCUUAAACGGUCCCAACGUUCACCCAGGAGCCUCCAUGGUGAUAAACGAGGACGGCAGGAGGACCAUCCUGUCCGCUACCAACUUCACUCAGAGGGAAGCUGUUGCUAAGCAACUGCUGACACCUUCUCCAGGUCCACAUAAGAUGCCCAUGAAGAUAGUGAACCGGCACAUAAAAAAUGGAGAUGUCUUGUUACUCAACAGACAGCCCACGCUGCACAGACCCUCCAUCCAGGCUCACUGCGCUCGUAUCCUACCAGGAGAGAAGGUGCUGAGGCUCCAUUAUGCCAACUGUAAGGCGUACAACGCCGACUUUGACGGAGACGAAAUGAACGCUCACUUCCCUCAAAGUGAGCUGAGCAGAGCGGAGGCCUACACCUUAGUCAGCACCAACCAGCAGUACCUCGUGCCCAAGGAUGGUAAACCUUUAGCAGGUCUGAUCCAGGACCACAUGGUAUCAGGGACCAGGAUGACCAUACGAGGCUGCUUCUUCACCAGAGACCAGUACACCCAGCUGGUGUACAGAGGACUGACGGACAAAGCCGGCAGAGUUAAGCUGCUGCCUCCGGCCGUCUUCAAGCCCCAGUGCCUGUGGACAGGGAAGCAGGUGGUGUCCACGUUACUGCUGAAUGUCAUCCCAGAGGAAGCUGUGCCUCUCAACCUGAUGGGCUCGUCCAAAAUCCCCGGCAAGGCCUGGAUCCAGGUCCCGCCUCGAGCCGCUCCUGGGUACAUACCCGACAGCAUGUGCGACUCCAAGGUGGUGAUCCGACAGGGGGAGCUGCUGGUCGGGGUUCUGGAUAAGGCUCACUAUGGUUCCUCAGCCUACGGUUUGGUCCACUGCUGCUACGAGCUUUACGGAGGGCAGACCAGCGGGAAGCUGCUCAGCUGCUUGGCCCGGCUCUUCACGGCUUACCUGCAGCUGUACAGAGGCUUCACCCUGGGUGUGGAGGACAUCCUCGUCAAACAAGGUGCUGAUGUGAAGAGGAAAAAAAUCAUACAACAGUCGCUGAAGAUCGGGACGAAAGCGCUCCAGGCAGCAUUCAACCUGCAACCUAACGUGGAUCCAGCUGAUGCCCGGAGUCGGUGGCAAGAUGCUCACCUCAACCCUGACCAGAGAGACUUCAGCAUGGCUGACCACAAGUUUAAGGAGGUGGCCAACCAAGUGAACAAUGACAUCAACAAGGUGUGCAUGCCAGUUGGACUUCACACCACCUUCCCGGACAACAACCUCCAGCUCAUGGUCCAAUCAGGAGCCAAGGGUUCUACGGUGAACACCAUGCAGAUCUCAUGUCUGCUUGGUCAGAUUGAGCUGGAGGGCCGCAGGCCUCCACUGAUGCCUUCUGGGAAAUUCCUGCCGUGCUUCCAGCCUUAUGACCCUUCACCUGGUGCCGGGGGCUUUGUUUCUGGGCGGUUUCUCACAGGAAUCAAGCCACAGGAGUUUUUCUUCCACUGCAUGGCUGGCAGAGAGGGACUGGUGGACACGGCCGUGAAGACAUCCCGAUCGGGAUACCUGCAGAGGUGUAUCAUCAAGCACCUGGAGGGUUUGGUGGUGCAGUACGAUCUGACUGUGAGGGACAGCGACGGUUCUGUGGUCCAGUUCCUGUAUGGUGAAGAUGGGCUGGACAUCCCUAAGACUCAGUUCCUGCAGCCCAGACAGUUCCCCUUCAUCGAGGACAACUAUGAGGUCAUCAAGACGUCCCAGGACCUGGACAGUGUUCUGGCCCAUUUGGACCCUCAGACUGCCAGUCGACACUUUGCAGCCAUCCAGCGCUGGAAAUCAAAGAGAGACACCCCCUGUCCUCGCACAGGGGCGUUCCUGCUGUUUUCCCAGAAGAAACUGUCUAAACUCCGAGAGGGCACAGAGACAGCCUCUGCUGUCCAGCAGCUGGUGAAGAAGUGGCAAUCUCUGGAAGAUGGUGGCAGAGCUAAAUACAUCAAAAGGUCGUGCCGCUGCCCAGACCCCUCGCUGGGAUUGUUUCGUCCGGACGUCUGCUUCGGGUCCAUUUCUGAAAACUUUCACGACAUCACAGAGAAAUACCUGGAAAGCAGGAGCGGCGGCAGGAACGCUCACAGCAUUCGUCAGCUGUUGCAUUAUAAGUGGCAGCGAUCUCUGUGUGAACCUGGUGAGGCUGUGGGCCUGCUCGCAGCUCAGUCCAUAGGAGAGCCCUCUACCCAGAUGACCCUCAACACCUUCCACUUUGCUGGCAGAGGAGAGAUGAACGUCACUCUGGGAAUCCCUCGCCUGAGGGAGAUCCUGAUGGUGGCUGGUUCCAACAUCAAAACCCCCAUGAUGAGCAUCCCGGUUCUAAACAACAGGAAAGCCUUGAAGAGAGCUAAAGUCCUGAGGAAGAAACUCACCAGGGUGUGCUUGGCUGAGGUGCUGCAGAAAGUAGAUGUGGUUGAGACACUUCGUGUUGAAAACCAUCAAAAGCUGCGGAUUUUCAAAGUGAUGUUUCACUUCCUGCCUCCCGAGCGUUACAUCGAUGAUAAAUUACUAUCUCCUCAUCAGAUCCUCCACUUCAUGGAAACCAGGUUUUUCCGUCUUCUCCUUGAGGCUGUUAAGAAGCGCUCAGCCAAACUGGCCUCCAUCGCCGUGGAGACGAGGAAGGCUACCCUCAGAGAUAAAGACAUUGAUGGAGAUGCCACAGCUGGGGUUGAUGAUGAAAGAGAAGAGGAGGAAACGGAGAUAGUUGAUGACCAGGGAGAUGAAGGAGAUGCUGAUGCGUCAGAUGCCAAGAGAAGAAGCAGACAGGAGGAGGAGGUGGACUAUGAAAGUGAAGAUGAAGGUGAUGAUGCUGAAGAAGAUCAGGCUGACCUUGGUCAGGAGGCUGAGAGCCAGGAAAGCCCAGAGUCCAAUGCUGUGGAGGAGUCGCAGCAUGAGUCUGCAGAAGUGAGAGUGGAGAAGAGGAAGAGCCGAGCAACAAGGCACGCAGAAGAGUCCCCGUCCCAGAUGAGGGUCAACUCUGUUCUUCAGCUGCACUCCGCUAUAGAGGGAUACUCCUUUGAUCAGCAGGAGGAGCUCUGGUGUGAGGUCCAGCUGGCUUUACCUGUGAACAAGGUGCACUUCGACCUGACCUCAGUUCUGUCAGCGAUCGCCGAGAACGCCGUCGUAAUGGAGACCAGGGGCCUUACACGCUGUCUGCUGAGUGAGACCAUGACCAAGUCUGGGGAGAAACAGACUGUUCUCAACACGGAGGGCAUCAACAUGCAUGAAAUGUUCAAGUACAGCGAUGUCCUGGAUGUCAACAGGCUGUACUCUAAUGAAGUGCAUGCCAUGGCUCAGACCUACGGGAUAGAAGUGGCUCUAAAAGUCAUAGAGAAGGAGAUCAAAGAUGUCUUUGCUGUGUAUGGUAUUGAGGUGGACCCCAGACAUCUGUCCCUCGUGGCAGAUUACAUGUGUUUUGAAGGUGUUUAUAAGCCUUUAAACCGACACGCCAUCCAGUCCAACUCCUCCCCCUUGCAGCAGAUGACCUUCGAGACCAGCUACAAAUUCCUCAAGCAGGCCACCAUGCUGGGAUCACAUGAUCAGCUCUCAUCGCCCUCAGCCUGUCUGGUGGUGGGUAAAGUGGUCCGAGGUGGAACGGGGCUGUUUGAACUGAAACAACCGCUGCAGCAGAAACCAGCCAGCAGCCACGCUGUGUGACUGCAUCUCUGAGCUUUUGCUGAGUCAGCCUAGGUGUGCAGUAAUGGAUCUUAAUCAGCUAACCUCACCAGUCACAUGUUCAUGCAGAGAAACAGCAGGUCUAGGCGCUGGAUGAAUGAUCCCAGAGCAGAUCACAAUCACACUUCCAUCUUUGUUUUUUAAAGUCUGAAAAUAAAAGAAUGAAACAGA